CCCUUUUCCGUUCGCUCCACUGUGUCUGUGGGUGACUUCAUUGUCUUUGCCAUGGAUUGCUGGAACGGAGCCAGACCAAAUCACACACACGUGACCGGUCUUUCUGGGAAUGUUCCUGGAAAGACGUGCGCUCGAUCAACAAUUAAAACUAGAGAAGGAAACAUUGUAAAAUGUUUUUAAAAAACAACUAAUCGCCCAGACCGAUAGAGCGUCAAAUCGUGCAUUUAGACGGCAGGCAGCUCGUGGGGAACAUUGUGGAUGAUUUGUUGAUUAUAUUCCUGAAAUGUUCUGAUUAUCCAGCUGGAAACAAAACAAGUGCUCCAGAACAGAUCUUUCCAUCGUUGUGUCCGCUCAAGGCUUCAAUCAUGAAUUUCGGAGGACAUGACCUGUUUAACCAGUGCAGUGCGUGUCUGAAAUAGCAGACAGUGACUCCUACCAGACCUUGGGUCAACAAACAAAUUGAGAACCAUUUGGACGCUCAAAUCCUCAAGUGUUCCACUGCUGUCAUGCACAAUGAUUAUACCGAUCAGUGCCCCUGACAAAUCCCUCAACGCAAUCCGGCUAAAGGACUGCAAGCUGGAGUCAUGUCAAAGUGCGUCAAGACUAAGAGAGGAUGUCGCACUGUUGCAAAGAGCCAUGUCUCAUCUUCGGGAGUCAGUGUUCUUCAGGCUGGUACUGGGGCCCCCUGACAGCUACUCAGGCUAAACAAGUUCUGAAUAAAGCUCCAGAGGGUAUUUUCCUGUUGCGGGACAUCUCCUACCAGGGCUACCUCCUCACCCUGUCUGUGAAGACCAGCCUUGGCCCCACACACCUCCACAUAGAGCAUGGCACUGGCAUGUUUGGCUUCGACUCUGUGAUUGUGGCAUGGCCACGAAUGCGGAGGGUUGAGGGGGCUGUAGAUCUGGUGCAGCACUAUGCCUUGACUUAUAAGCUUCUGGUCAGUUAAAAGGAGAGACUCAGGGCUCAAAAGGAAACAGGAGGAGCAACCCAUCCGCCCCCAGUAGAGAGAACUCUGCAGCUCAAGCUCAUCUGCCCCCUCCAUAAAGUUUUCCCUAGUCUCCAGCACUUUUGCCGCGUCACUAUUAACCAGCAUUCUCGCUGUCACCAGGACUUACCCUUGCCAGGGUGGCUACAUGACCUCUUGCUGGAAUACCCUUUUGUGCUGUAGGAAAUGCUCAUCUGAUGUUUUGAUAUUCCUGAAUUAGACUUUAAUUGGACAUCAAUGAUCAAUGUCCUAAUGUUGUGUUGAAAAUUGGCUCUCAGCUGUAUACAUGCUGGUUCCUAGAUGAUCAUUUAGCAAAUCCCUACGUGUAUUUUUACAUUUAUACUUGAGUCCUCUAUCAGAUGCUUUUAUCCAGAGCGACUUACAGGAGCAAUUAGGGUUAAGUGCCCUGUUCUAGGGAUCAUUGACAGAUUUUUCACCUAGUCGGCUCUGGGAUUUGAACUAGCAGCCUUUUGGUUACUGGCCCAACGCUGUUAACUGCUAUGUAUCAGAGGCAAAAUUCACCUACCUAUCACCAUCUUAGGUUAGUUAAACUAAAUUAACAAUUGAGAGUACUGAAAUGGAAUGCUGAAAUAAAUAACAGUUAGAAGAACAUGACAAAGGGGAAUAGAUAAAAGCUUUGUUAUUGUUCUAUAAACAGUAUUAAAGAACGAUUAUUGUAUAAUGGACCACAUUAAUUAAAAACACUAUACAGUAUUCAACCAAUUCACCUGAUGUACCAUGGCUUUUAUUAUGGGGGAUUUUGUUAUGCUGAUGUGAAAAGGGCUUUAUAAAUAAAUUGGAUUGAAUUUGAU